AUGGCCCCUAAACGCGCCGCCGAGGGCGCAACAGCGUCUUCUCCCAAGGAUGGCCAACAGGCAAAGAAACGCAAAGGCUUCCGCGUCGGCCCUGAUAACCUUCCCGAGGGACCAUGGCGCCGAAAGGUCGAGAAGAAAAAGCUGGAACUCAUCCACAAGGCCAAGAUAAAGAAAGCCUACGCCAAGAUCAAACAGAAGGAGCUCGCCUCGCAGGAUUCCUCAAAGGCCCAGCAACAUGACACCGUCGCGGCUGCCGCCGCGUCUGCAAAAGAAGCCUCGAGCGACGACGAACUGGACGAUGUCCAAGAACCCCAAACCAGAGAGCCGUCCAACUCACCGGAACCCGUGGCGAGGGAAGCAGCAGCAUCGACCCCAUCAACAGACGCGACGAGCACGGGCACAACACCAGCCCCGCCUCCUCUCGAGGGGGAAAUCCAUCCCUCCCGCGCCGAAAUGCUCACCAACGACGGUGAGCUCCCGAACCCAAACACCGUGGCUGUGAAGCGCAAACGCGGGCCCGCCGCCGCCACCGGCUCUAACGCCGAUCUCCCCGGCACCCGCAUCGUUACUGCCGCCUCGGGGGACGUGGUAGACGCUGCCGACACCCCCGCUGCGGACCUCUAUGAACCGCGCAAACCCCGCCGCCCUCGCAAGCCGGGCUACUACGAGAAGCAACUCGCCCACGCCGAGCAGAAGCGCGCCGAGGCUGAGGCCCGCCGCGCCGAGAUCCAGCGCCGCCGCGAGGAACGUGAGCGCAAGACGGCCGAUCGCGAGCGGUACCGCCGCGCUAUGGCCAAGGCCCGCAAGGGCGGCGAGGAUGGCCAGCGUCGUCUCGGCAGGGAGAGCGCGCUGCUGCUCGAGAAGGUGAAGCGCAUGGUGGGUGACUCCAAGUAA